AUGCUGGCGGCUGGCGUCAUCGAGCCCGUCGACCACUCCGACUGGGCCACUCCUCUUGUCAUUGCCAGGAAAGCGGACGGCGGUAUAAGGCAAUCGGUUGUUACCUGUGACGCGAGUUCGCACGGCCUUGGAGCCGUGCUAGCCCGGCGCGCGCCCGACGGCACCGAGCGCGUCGUGGCCUAUGCCUCGCGGUCGCUAACUGCACACGAGUUGCACUACAGUCAGAUUCAUAAGGAGGCACUAGCAAUCGUGUUCGCCGUGAGUUGUAUCUUAUGGGGUCACCGAGUGGUCAUUCCAAUAUCAUGUAGGGACAAAGUAUUAAAGGAACUUCAUGAGGCUCACAUGGGGAUUGUGAAGACAAAAAGCUUGGCGCGGGGCUACGUAUGGUGGCCCGGACUUGACGAGGCCAUCGAGGCGCAAUGCCGCGAGUGCGGCGUGUGCGCCGCCGCGUCCAGCGCGCCGCCGGCGCACGCGCCGCGCUUGUGGGCGUGGCCGGACAGGCCGUGGACUAGGAUACACCUCGAUUUCCUCGGUCCGGUCCGGGGAAAAACAUAUCUAAUCGUCGUAGAUGCCUACUCAAAGUGGAUCGAGGCUAUAAGGAUGAAUGGCACUUCGGCGGCUGCGGUAAUACGUGUGCUUAGGGAAUUAUGGUCUAGGUUCGGCAUUCCGAAGCAAGUUGUUAGUGACAAUGGGCCUCCGUAUUCGAGUACAGAAUUUAAAAAUUUCCUUUCAUCUAAUGGCGUAGAUCAAGUACUCUCGGCGCCGUACCACCCGGCUUCCAACGGAGCGGCCGAGAGCGCAGUAAAAAUAUGCAAAGCGGUAAUUAUAAAAUCUUUUAGAGAAAAUUUAGAUACGGAGACCGCACUAUGUAGGUUUCUUUUGCAAUAUCGAAAUACCGAACACACCACGACAGGGGAGAGUCCUGCGAAACUUUUACAGGGACGUUCGCUACGAACUAGGUUAGAUUGCUUAAGACCGGAUCGUGGGGAUCAUGUCCGAGCGGCACAGGAGCGACAGCGGCGCGCGGCAGGCGGCGUCGAACGCGAGCUCCACGCCGGCGAUCCCGUCUGGGUACGACAAUAUCGCGGUGACGAUAAAUGGAUGCCAGGCACGGUGCGAGAUAGGCGCGGAGAUACUGAUUAUAUGGUAGACACUGACAAUGGAACCGGGAUUCAUAGGCAUAUUGACCAAUUGAAGAGCAGGAGGGUAACGCUAAAUAACGGGGGAGGUAGUGUAGCUAAGCGCAACUCGCUGGUGUUUCCUGGUAGUGACGAGUCGGUUGCCCGGUCGGACGUUGGGGAGCCGAUUGACGAGAUGAGCCCUCCUAGCAGUGGCGGUGAGCACAAGCGUGAGCGUAGCGCCGAGGCCGUAGCGGUGGUGUCGGCUGCGUCCCCAACUGCGCACACAGCGGCUCCAUGUACCGGUGGAACGCCCAAUAAGUCGCCUGAUCCAUCAGCUAGUUCUGGGGCCCAAUUGGUUGCUGACAGUCCUGUCAAUGCGCCCAGGGUACCUAGAACCCGCAAGCCCCCGUUCAGAUUCGGGUUUGAAGAUCUCUUUGUUAUCAGUAAUAAUAGAUAA